AUGCGCUUCGGUUUUGGGUGUCUAGAACCGAAAGCAGCCAAAUUCUUUCAUUCGUAUGGACUAUUAGUAUCUGGAUAUCCAUUCAUUUUUCUGAUUUUUCCUAUAUUGGUCACUUGUUUUUUGGCGACGGGAUUGAUUGGAUUGGAACCUUUGAGUGAUGCUUUAUAUCUUUAUACACCUACAGAUGCACCCAGUAAAACGGAAAGAAGAAUAAUUCACGAUGCAUGGCCACUUGUUGAUGGAACUUUCGUAGCUGGAAGGGCGGUAACUCAGUCUAGAGAAGUUCAAGUUGCCGUGGUUGCCCGAAACGAUGGAAACAUUUUGGAAAAGGUGUUUUCAGAAGAACUGAAAUUAAUGGAAUCUUUCAUCCGAAACAAUAUUACAGUCGAAUUCAACAAUCGUACAUGGUCAUUUGAUGAUUUAUGUCUAGCUGGUCCAGAUGGAAGAUGCUCGGUGAAUGACCAUAUUCAAUUGGUUUCUCGUCUGUAUCAUCACGGAAUCAAUAUCACUUAUCCAACUGUUCGUCUAGCUGAUAAAAGUGCAUACAUCGCAUCGGCUUUGGGUGGUGUCAAAUUGGCAAAAGGAGAUGAUAAUGAGAAUAUAAUAGUUAGUGCAUCUGCAUGGCUCCUGAUCUAUCAAUUGAAGUUUUAUCCAAAUGAAAUUUCAUAUGUCUCUGGAUUAUGGGAGAGGGAAUUCAAAGAACAAAUGGACAGUUAUAAGGAUCGUGCGAAGUAUAUUUCGAUUUCAUACUUCCAUUCUCAAACAUUAUCUGAUGAAUUGAAAAGAAAUGCGGAAAGAUUAGCACCAAAAUUCAUUGGCGCAUUUGUCAUUCUUGUCUGCUUCUCAGUGGUUUGCUCAAUCGUCACAAUCAAAGGCUCAGCCUAUAUCGAUUGGGUUGUCACCAAACCGAUCCUCUCUGUCUUAGGUUAG